GACUUCGGCGCAGAGACCAAAACACAGAAGAAGAAUCUCCUCUACAGCGGCAGUACGUGACACCAGGUGUGUUGUUGUGAUCCAAAUAGGUUCUGCAGUCAUGGUGUGCAUCCCGUGUAUCGUGAUUCCUGUCCUGUUGUGGGUCUACAAGAGGUUCCUGGAGCCGUUCAUCUAUCCUUUCAUUGCACCAAUUAUUAAUAGAUUCUGGACCAAAAAAGCCGUGCAAGAGACCCCGACUAGCGGCCAAAAAGUUACCGAAAAGAGUAAUGGCACUUGUGAGCCUGAAAGCAACGGUGAGGCCACUGGCAAUGGAUCCACUGGCAUUGGAUCCACUGGCAAUGGAUCCACGAUAGCAGCAGAUAAGAAGACAGAUUGAUAGCUCUAGAUUAUUAUGAUGCAUCUAAAACAGUGUAAAUAUUCCAUUAGUAUAAUGUAGAGAAACUAUGAAUUAACUUACAAUACUUCUUUGAAUGGAUUGCUUUUUAAUAUUAUCGAAUACAUUGAUUCCAUUCAGUUGUACUUAUUGUUGAAAUAUUUUCCUUGUUAAUUAUUAAUUGAUCUAUGCAUUUAAUGUGUUGAUUAUUCACUCAACAGAAUAGUUUUUCCAAGUCAAAUUUAGUUUAAUGAAUGAAUAAAAUAGAACCUUCAAAUAAAAAAA